CACGGGCAAAGCAUUCGUACAACCCGCCGCUUCAAACAUCCCUCAGACCUUUUGCGAGCACGAGCGGUUUGAGCAUCGAACUUUGUUACUUUCGCAUCUUUCAAGUGAGAGAAAAGAGAGAGUCAGAGAGAGAGAGUUAGAGGAACUAAGGUUUGGCGCUCUUGUUGCAGUGGUUUUCGAGUCUCUCUUUUAGGACACUAUGGCUGCCCAACUUAUCAGAGAAUGGUCUGGAAUUCAACAGUUUCCUACUGCUACGCAAACCAAAUUAUUGGAAUUAUUGGGUAAACUAAAGGAGGAGAAUGUGAGCACAGUGACCAUCCUUGUAAUGGGAAAGGGGGGCGUUGGAAAGUCUUCAACUGUGAACUCUCUCUUGGGAGAGCGGGUGGCUGCAGUUAGUGCUUUCCAGUCUGAAGCAAUGCGUCCUAUAAUUUGUUCACGUGCAAGAGCCGGUUUCACACUAAAUAUUAUAGAUACUCCAGGGCUUGUAGAAGGUGGGUUUGUCAAUGAACACGCCCUUGAAAUCAUAAAACGGUUCCUUUUGAACAAGACGAUUGAUAUCCUGCUAUAUGUGGACCGUUUAGAUGGGUAUCGGGUUGAUAACUUGGACAGACAGGUCAUCAAAGCUAUCACUGAUAGUUUUGGGAAAGGUAUAUGGCAGAGGGGAUUGGUAGUUCUUACGCAUGCUCAAUUGUCACCCCCAGACGGAUUGAGUUAUGAUGAAUUUUUCUCGAGAAGAUCAGAAGCUCUUUUGAAAGUUGUUAGAUUGGGUGGUCAAAUAAGGAGACAAGAACUUGAGGCUCGUCCAGUUCCAUUUGUUUUGGUCGAAAACAGUGGAAGAUGCAACACGAAUGACAUUGGUGAAAAGAUCCUUCCAAAUGGUACUGCAUGGCUUCCUGAACUUGUUAAAACCAUUACUGAGGUGGUCUUAAAUGGCAGCAAACCUAUUUUGGUUGACCAGAAAUUAAUUGAAGGACCCGAUCCAAAUAGUAAGGGCAGGUUCCUCAUACCCUUCAUUCUUGCCUUCCAGUAUUUCCUUGUGGUGAAGCCGAUUAAGGGUGCCAUCAAGGGUGACAUUGCUCGGGAGAGUAAACCGCUUUGGGAGCUCCGAGAUUUGGGUUUGGCAAAGCGGCAGUUUUGAUAAUUUAGCAGUCUCUGUUUAUGGAGACUCUCUCUCUCUCUCUCUCUCUCUCUCUCUCUCUCUCUUGUGUUGUCACUUGCUUACGCAUUUCCGGCCACUAGAAUUUUUGGGAUAGAGUGUAGUCGUGCAUGUGUGAUAGGUGAACUUUUGAUUAUGUUUCCCUGCACUUUGUUGCGAAGUUUUCAAUGCAUUUAUCUCAAAGAGGGGUCCUGCCAUCUCCAUAUUUA